AUGCCGAUAAGCGUUCAACACAAGCAGCAGCUGCUUUCGACAGCACGGUCCGCGCGCGAGCCCCUCCCGGACUCGCGAGAAGACUAUGCCGAGGACGCGGUCGAAGAUCGUCCGGAGUCGGACGAAGGAUCCGACGGCGAGAGCGAGUACGACUCCUGGCAAAGCGACGAUCCGGGCGACUCGGAAGACUACGUGGAGAGAAAGGGCUCGCGACGUUCGCGCCUGAAAUCGAAGGCGAAACGCACGGAUCGUCGCGCGAAGAUGAAGGAUAAUGCGGACGCUGUCGCGCAAUCCGAGCACCGUCCUCAGGAGGGCCCGCGACCCAGCGGUGCGCUGCCGCCUCCAUCUGGCGGACCGAGGGUUCACUCGCCGCCGUGCCGUCGGUGCAGGAAGCACGGGUUGGACUGCGAGAUGCAGGAAGCGCUUGGUGCGGCGUGCGCGCCGUGCUACGAGGGCAAGGUCCGCUGCGAGAAAGGGGCCGGAAGGACCGGGAGGCGCAGGGGCGUCAACCUGAAGAAGGGCCGCAAGCCGGCCAGGAUGCUGCCGUCGCGUUCGGCGGGCCCGUCGCGAGCGUCGCCCGACGAUCCGUCGGACAGCGACGUUCGGAUCGUCUCGCCACCGCCGUCGGACAGCGACGUGCAAAUCAUCUCGCCGCCCCCCUCGCCUCGCACGCAGGAGCGCUUCAAGACGAAGCGAGGAGAUGCAACGAUCCGUCGCGAGGCCCCGGCGACCGGUUCUCACCCGGAACGGCGCGGUCCGGUCGAGGUCCGCGACGGCGACGAGGACCCAAACGACCCGAACGACCUUCGCCUGGACGACAUGCAGCUCGGACCGCCGCCGGUCGACUACAACCCGUUCGCGGCCUCCGCCAGCAGGAUCCUCGCGACCGCCGUACGCGCGCGUGAACCCGCCGACCAAAUCCGCGAGCGCGAGGCGCACAGCCUGGGGCUGCUGGCCGCGUUCACCGCCGUCUCCUUGGACAACAUUCGGCUUUCGGCGCGGUUGGACAAGCUCAACGCGCAGCGCGUCGCCGACAAGUACGCGACCCCGCUGUAG